GUUCGAAGAAAGUUCAGUUGGGAGUGAGUGGUUGAAAUAGUCGGAUGGGCAUCGUUACGUGUUGAAUACGGAGACGCAGGGUGAGGGAUUCGCUGAAGUACAGUUUUGAUUAAUCUAUUUUUCCAGUUAGGACACAUUAUCCGAAGUUCAAACUGUUCUUUGGACGUUUUUGCCGACUUUGAAGGGAAGUCAUUUCUUUUCGCCAAGGCGUAACUUAAGUUAGGGGCAAGGAGUUCGUUUUUUAACGGACGUUUUCUGACUAAACUGACAGAUUUUUUUGGAAGAUACUCAGUUGAGACGAGUAGGAGACUGUCUGUCAUAUCAACGCUGAACAGACAGUAAUGUCCUAGGCUAAGGCUGUCACCAUUCAGCCGUGUGAAGUGAAGCCGUUUAUUUUCAUUUACCUCAACACGUCCGCUGGUCUGGAUCAUCAUCAUCAUCAUCAUCUAGGACUAUGAGCCUCGGCUUUUCCACUCCCGAGAUGGACCCCGUCCGACAAAAGUUGUUCUUCUCUCCGACUCCGAGCGAUGGGGAAGAGGAGCGGGAAGAUGAGGGCAACAACAGCGCCGGAGCCGAGUCCGGCUUCGCCGAAAUGGCCUCGCCGCCGCGGGGGUCGGGCGGGGAUGCCGAUGCGGCGGGCAGUCAGAGUCACAGUUCCUCGUCCUUGUCCUUCACUGAGACCGGCGGCGCGAGAGCCGACCAUGAUGACGACUUGCCCUCCUGGGACGAGGAGUAUUAUGAAAGGGACGGGUUCGGGUUCUCCUCCCCGGAGCGCCCGGCGUUCGUCCGAGAGGACCGAGAAGGCUCCAGCUCGCCCAUCCCCGACUGCCCCGAUACGCCGCCCCAUAAAACGCUGAGGAAUCUGCGGCUCUUCGACACCCCGCAUACCCCGAAGAGUUUGCUGUCUAAAGCCAGGAGAGUAGGUUCGGGCUUUUCCAGCCGUAGAGUUGCCCUGUUUAAGAGCGCACCAUCUACCAGGAGGUCUACCACCAGUUGCAGCGGGAGCCAGACACCCCUUAUCAACAUAAAUCCUUUCACCCCAGACUCGCUGCUUGUGCAGUCAGCAGCGCUGCAAAGGAGUAAUAGAAAGCGCUCACACUGGAAUGACUCCUAUGGAGAUGAUUUGGAGGCAAGUGAUGGUGAAUUGGAAGAAAUUCAUCCUCCUUCCAAGAGGAUCACUGUGGUUGAAAGCAACAUGAUGUCCAGGUAUGCUGCUGAGUUUCAUGAGCUGGAGAAAAUUGGCUGUGGGGAAUUCGGUUCUGUGUUCAAGUGUGUGAAAAGACUGGAUGGCUGCAUUUACGCCAUCAAACGCUCCAAGAAGCCUCUGGCUGGCUCUGUAGAUGAGCAGAAUGCACUUCGAGAAGUGUAUGCUCAUGCUGUCCUGGGCCAGCAUCCCCAUGUGGUCAGGUACUAUUCUGCAUGGGCAGAAGAUGACCACAUGCUGAUACAGAAUGAAUUCUGCAGUGGUGGAACCCUCUCAGAUGUGAUCAAGGAGAAUUUCAAAACCAUGUGUUUUCUGUCAGAAUUGGAACUAAAGGACCUACUUCUGCAGGUAGCUCAUGGCCUGAAGUACAUUCACUCUAUGUCGCUGGUUCAUAUGGACAUCAAGCCAAGCAACAUCUUCAUAUCACAAAAAACCAUUGCCUUUACUGAUGAUGAUGACAAUGAUGGAAUGACUACAAAUGUUUACAAAAUAGGUGAUCUGGGUCAUGUGACCACAGUGAAUAACCCUAAAGUUGAAGAAGGUGACAGCAGAUUCUUGGCAAAUGAAAUUCUCCAAGAGGACUAUCGUAAUCUUACAAAAGCGGAUAUCUUUGCCCUGGCAUUGACAGUCAUCAGUGCUUCAGGGUCGGAACCACUGCCUCCAAAUGGUGAAAAGUGGCAUGAAAUCCGACAUGGCAUGUUGCCCCACAUACCCCAAGAACUGUCUCAGGAAUUUCUCAGUUUGCUGAAGCUGAUGAUUGACCCAGAUCCAGAAUGCAGACCAUCUGCAUCAGCUCUCAUCAAACAUUCAGUGCUACUAACUACUUCCAAGAUGAACACAGACCAAUUGCGCAUGGAGCUCAGCGCAGAAAAGUUCAAAAAUGCUUUGCUGCAAAAGGAACUGAAAAAGGCACAGAUGGCCAAAGCAGCUGCAGAGGAGAAGGUGCUCCAGACAGUGAAGGUUCUAACUGGCUCCACUGUCCAGUCCUGCAACAGAGCAUCACGGAUUGUUGGCAAGAGGAUGAACCGCUGCGUCAGCCUUACAAUUUGAGUAAUGUGCAAAUCCCCGCUGAGAAGGGUGUGCAAGGCGUUCCUUUGCUGCCUGUCCUUUUGGGUGAGGUUGGAUAUCUUUGGGUCGCUUCCAGAUUUUUUUUCUUUCCUUUUUCAUACUAGAGAUGUUAUUUAAGAUGGACCUACUUUCCCUUGUUCAGAAUGAAGAGAUUGUAAUUUCCUGAAGCACAUGAGUGUUGUCCUACAGUGGAUACAUUGGCAAAGGGAAGUCAUGUACAAUAGUAUUCAUUCUUUAUGAGGAUGGGACUGUAGAUUAUUGCACCUUUUAAAGUACCUUAAAUCAGGUAAGGAAGCUGUGUCAUCUGGUCAGAUUGGGUUUUAAACUGAGCACUUUGAAGGUAAUCGGGGAAUCUGCCAGAGCAUCUGCUGCU